GUCUUCAGUCAUUCGCACGCCUGAGCACAAGCUCAGCUCACUAAUGCUCUGCUACAGAGUUUGUGAGCGGAUUUUUUUUUCAUUCGUGAUAGUGAUCGGUUCUUGAUCGUACAUGAUGGCCUUUGGGAGUUUGAGGUGUAGGACGGUGCUAGUGUUGCUGGUGUUCUGUGCAGUGCAUCCUAAAGCAACCGCACCUCAAGAAGCAGGGACAAUUCAACGCGAAAGUAUAGAUUUGCAAAAGUGUGGCAUUAACAAUCCGGCACUGCCAAAGAUCGUAAGCCGCGUCACAGAGGGUGAGAUCGCAAUCGAAGGCUACUGGCCGUGGCAUGGUGGACUGUUCCAUCUGAACGAUUAUCAGUGCGGUUGUACGCUCAUCAAUGAGCUGUUUGUGCUGACGGCUAGCCAUUGUGUGUACAACGGUGACACAGGGUACAGGAUAAGUGAGAAACUCGUACGCGUUAAGUUGGGCAUGCACCGACUGUCGGCCAACGACAGCAGCUCGUUGCAAACAUUCACGGUGCAGAAGAUUAUACCGCACUCAAAAUUCGUCCCGAACAGUCACAAACAUGACGUGGCACUGUUGCGACUCAAUGGAACGGUAUCGUUUACGAAUUACGUGCAACCGGUGUGUCUGGACCUGACGGAAACGAUAUGGGUCGAGUAUUUGGCGGACGUAAUCGGUACGGUUGUGGGCUGGGGUAUCACGGAGAAGAACCGCAUCUCGGACCAGCUGCUACAGGCGGAGCUCCCGAUAGUGCGCUACACGGACUGCGUCGAAAGUAACCCUGAACUCUACGGACGGCUCAUCUACAGUGGGAUGUACUGUGCGGGAAUAUUGAACGGCACUAGCCCAUGCAACGGUGACAGUGGUGGUGGGAUGUACAUUAAACGUGACAAACGCUGGUUUUUGCGGGGUGUCGUUUCGUUUUCGGCCAUCCGUGAGGGCACAAACUACUGUGACUCGUUCAGCUACGUCGUGUUUAUGAACGUACCGUACUAUGCGAAAUGGAUCGAGCAGGAGGUGGACACAGCAAGGGCCGAGCUGUUGAAAGCUUCCACAGCGUCUGUGUCGACCCGGUGGGAUUCCGAUCGGAACGAAGACUACGAGGAGGAUAAUAUCUACUCGCUACGGAUGGAGAUGGAAAGCGACAGCCCACAGGCCAUGCCCAGGAUGGGUCCAGAGCGGACAGCAGUGCGAAAGCGUACCGUGCGCUGUGGACAAGGUGUGACACUUUCGUGCAAAAGAUCUGCCGGUUUGGCCCAGAAGAAGAUCCACUGGUACAAGGCGGAAAACGGAUCACGGACGUUUUUGAUUGAGAAUGAAACGCUCGUCUACCGUGACGUGCGCUAUCAUCAUGCCGGAGAAUAUUGGUGUCAGGUGACCAGCGACACGGGCACUUUGUACGAAACUGGCCUCGAACUGACCGUGACCAGCGUUCCGAUACGAUUUCAGCAGAGCGAGUACAUAUCGUACGCGGUGCAUGACACGCUCCUGGACACUCAGCUAUCCACCCAGUUCAGCUUCGAGAUGACCUUUCGAACGAGCGAAUCGAAUGCGCUACUGUUCCACAAGCCACCGGUAGCCGGUGUCGAGAGCUGGACCUUUUCGCUGCUGCUCGAACGGAACCGCCUUACGCUGCGGAUCGUCCCACCGGGUCAGCUGGAGAAGGUUUUCCGGAGCGUCCGGCUACAACUUCAACCGACCCGCUGGCAUACGGUGCUGGUGAGCAGCUACGACGGUCAGGGACUGAUGGCGCUGGACGGUCAAUAUCUGUUGGGAUUUGAGGGUCAUCUAGUGCAGCAGCGGGCCGAUCGAUUCUACAUUGCAAACGCUCCCGGACUGCGGACGCCCGGUUUUAGUGGGUGUGUGAGCCGAUUGAUGGUAAACGAUAAGGUGCUGCACCUGGACCGGGACUUUUCCCACCGGGUUAAUGUGGUACAGUGCGAGUUUUGCUAUUCGGAAGAAUGCAAUAUGGGCCGGUGUCCGGGGGGACAGCAGCACUCUUGCAUAAAUUACGGCUGCAUCGACCAGGGACGGCAAUGCGAUGGUCCGGUGGGUUUGAUGCCCGAGGGUGACUGUUCUGAUUUUGGACCAGAACCGUCCACCCUGGGCCUUCGGUUCCAGAACAAUAGUUACGUGUCCUAUCGAAGCUUUCUACGGGUGGUGCUGACAGUUGAUUUGCAGUUUCAGCUCCACGGUCUGACCGAUGGAGUCGUCCUGCACACUGCCGAACACAGGCGAGGUUUUGGCAAGUUUAUUACGAUCCUGGUGAAGGCGGGACGCAUUGAGAUGAGAUUUACGACCGAUGCACAUCUGCAUACGAUUUAUCUCGAGUCGACCGUCAAGCUGCUGACAGGCAGAUGGUAUCGAUUGCAGGCCGGAUACCGGGACGGCUACGUCUACGUGCAGGUCGACAAGGAGCAGGAGGUAGCCCGAAGCAUACUUGGGACCGUUUUUCCCAUCGAUCGGCAGCUGGUGGUGUUUGUCGGUGGAGUCCGAUGGGCGGGUUUCAUCAACCGGCAUAGAGACGUGAAGCAAGGGCUGGAUGGGUGCAUUAAGGAGCUCAAACUUUCCGGACUUCCGGUGGACCUGGUGGACGACAUGGUGGAAUCCGCAAAUAUACGCAGCUGCCAGGACGAACGACGCUAAAUGGUUUGCAGUGGCAGGGCUGGCGGUGCGCUGCGGUAUUGUCCGCCAUUUCCAUUUCGUAGUAAUUAAAUUCCCAUUCCGGCGUGGUUGCAAUGCAGUUGCAGCAUUUCCACGCUUGCAGACCAACUUGUUUCAGAUUCACGCUCGUGGGCAAUAAGAGGGACAACCGCAUAACAGACCGCAUUUCAUUCAUUUUCCUGCAGCCGUGGGACCGAUUUGGUCGUGUUUCAUUUAGGGUGUGGACAGAAGAUUGCAACACACGCACACACACGCACACACACACACACAUAAAGCAAGCUCAUUGUCAUCGUCUCAUUAUAGCAGCUAUGAUCAACAGAAGUCGUGAGAUGCAAAGGGGAGGAUGAAACGGACGAAUAAAAUAAUUGAAAAAGUAAUAAAAAUGAAGCUGAAUUAAAC